GUGGUGGCCGCAAGGGUUCGCUUGGCUGCGCAGGACAAGACGGAGACCUGCAAAGUGAAAGUCUACCGGGACACUCGCGUCCAAACUGCGCCAGUGGACUCCAGCCUCACUUACAGCCUUCUUACGAAGUACACCGGCCAGAUCUUCGUUUGGUGCAAACGGAUCUAUGAGAGUCGAUGGCUUGUGCUUGGUCUGGGCAUCGGGGGGUCGCUGGUGCUCUCGAUGGCUAUCAUCAUGGGCUUCGCAUGCUGCGUGGGCCUCGUCGUGCAUGUGCUCAUCGCGCUGCUCUUCGCAGUCUUGAUUUGUGCUGACUACGUCUUGUUCCGCCAGGCAGGCCUCGUCACUGGGCGCACAGGGAAGAUGAUCCUCGAUGCGCUCCAGAAAGUCACUGAAUGGGACAUGCCAGCAGAGUUGGGAUCGUUGAUCCAGGACUCGACGCAGGAUGAGCAGAUGCGUGAAGUGUACAAGUGGUCGGCCGUUGGACUGCUGCUCUGCAUUCUACUGCUUGCCUGCGCGGCUCUGGCAGCUCGAAAAAACCUCCAAAUCCUCGUCGCGUUGCUGAAGGAGGCCUCCAACACGAUGCGCGAGAUGCCCUCGUUGCUCCUGGCCCCCUUCAUGCUGGCCUUGAGCAUGAUCUUCAUGUCGGUGGUGAUGCUCUGGGUUUCGCUGGCCUUCGCCACAGCCAGCGCUUCGGACAUCCCACGGACCACGGAGGCCUGGCACCUUUACAUCUACCCUGCGCUGAAGGCUGCCGGCCUAGCACAGGCGAACGAAAUGACACAGAUGCGCCAGACGGCCCUGGUCUUCAACCUCUUCGUGUUCCUUUUCAUCUACCAUUUCCACGUGUCCCUCUGCAUUGCCAUCACAGCCAUGUGCGUCUCUCACUGGUACUUCUACCGGAAUGACCCCGAGCGGAAUGCGGGCACAGGAGUGAACUCGGAAGGAUGGUUCUUCGGCCGCCCCAUCCUCUUGGCCUUCUUGCGCCUUUGUCGACACCAUCUUGGCUCGCUGGUCUUUGGCUCCUGUAUCAUGGCCAUCGCUACAAUGCUCCGACUUAUCUUUGAGUACAUCGCUGCGAAGACGAAAGACCAGGAGUCAAACCCGGUGGUGCGCGCUGCCGUUUGUGCGUGCCGCUGCUGCCUGUGGUGUCUGGAGCGGUGUCUACAGUUCAUCACCGAGUAUGCAUACGUCUAUGUGGCAGUGACUGGCAAGACUUUCUGCUCCUCUGCGCAUGCGUCUUUCGUUUUCUUCGCCAAGUACCCAGUGCAAACUGCGAUGGACAAGAUGGCGUCUGCAGCCUUGGGCUACCUGCUCUGUGUGACAGUCCCCCUGGGCCUGGCCGUGGUCGCCUUCCCAUGGCUGUCGGAGGGGUCCUGGCCGCCCUGCGCCAUUGUUAUCAUAGCCCUUGCGUACGUUACGACUCGCCUGGCAGCUGGAAUCUACGAUGUGUGCAUCACGACUUUGUUUGUCUGCGUGAUGCGCGACUGCGAACAUUACGAUGGCCGCUACAUGAGCAAGAAUCUCCGGAGCGCUUGCGGCUUCGGCGAACUCGCUCGCCAAAGCCUGGCCGCGCGUCAGUCGGCCGUCGAUGGCAUCGAGCUACAGUGA